AUGUUAAUCGAAGCUCCAGUAUUGACUCAGCCUGAGUCUGGGACGGCAUAUGUUGUCUACAGUUAUGCGUCUCUCAAUGAAAAGGCUAAUGUGGUUGCGGAUGCACUCAGUAGAAAGUCAUCAUUGUUUGCACUUCGAGCGUUGAAUGCUCAUUUGGCUUUGAAUGCUGAUGGUUUUGUAUUGGUGGAACUAAAGACUAAACCCUUGUUUCUACAACGAAUUCGGGAAUUGCAAAGUGAUGAUGGCACAUUAUUGGUGAUAAUGAAACGAAACUUGGUUCAAGAUAAUUUGACUGCUGAAUAUAGUAUUGGUGAUUGUGAGUACCAUCCUGACAAGGCAAAUGUAGUCACUGACGCUUUGAGUAGAAAGUCGAUGAUGGAAAUGAGAGCUAAGUUUGCACGCUUGAGUUUAGCUAGUGAUGGUAGAUUGUUGGCUGAACUUCAAGUGAAAGCUCAACAUGAAUUUCCUUCAAUGUUGUUACAACCGAUUGCGGUUCCUAAAUGGAAGUGGGAAAGGAUAGCUAUGAACUUUGUUUCGGGUUUGUCGUUAACUCCGACGAAGAAGGAUUUAGUAUGGGUUAUAAUUGAUCAGUUUUCAAAGGGUGUGCAUUUCUUGGCAAUGCGUAUCAAUUAUUCUUUGCAGAAGUUGGCGGAAUUGUACAUUACUGAGAUUGUUCGUCUUCAUGGAGUUCCAGAUUCUAUUAUUUUAGAUAGGGAUUUGCGGUUUACUUCGAGGUUCAGUGGCAAUUGGGAACGAUAUUUUCCCUUAGCAGAGUUCACUUACAACAAUAGUUUUCAAGCGAGUAUUCCUAUGGCACCAUUUGAGGCGUUGUACGGAAAGAAGUGUAGAACUCCUUUGUGUUGGACAGAAUUGGAUGAAAAGCGAGUUGUUGGACCGGAUUUAGUUCAUGAGACUAAUGAAAAUGUUUCACCGUGGAAGAAAGUUUUGAGAUUUGGAAGGAAAGGUAAACUAAGCCCAAGAUAUGUUGGACCUUAUGUAGUUAUUGAGAGGAUCGGUUCAGUAGCUUAUCAUCUCAAGUUGUCACCGGAACUUGAGCGAAUUCAUGAUGUUUUACAUGUGUUGAUGUUGCAGAAGUAUCAUUCAGAUCCGUCGCAUACUAUGCUAAUAGAGGAGAUUGAAGUUCAAACUGAUCUUACUUAUGAGGAAAAACCAUUUGAGAUUUUAGCUCGUGAAGAGAAAGUUUACAUAAUAAAAGGGUUCUGUUGGUUAAGGUUUCUAGCAAAAUCACAAAACAAAAGAGGCUUCUUGGGAAGCCGAAGAUGCAAUGAGUGGAGUUGUAUGACACGAAGAAAUCCGGAGUUUAUUGCUGAUUUUGAUCCAGAAAUUGAAAGAACCAUUAGAAGACUUCGAGAACAAAUGAAUAUGGCUUUACCAAGAAACUAUGAAGUCAUACCCCCGAUACGAAACCAAAACACUAAUGACCCACCGUUGCCACAAGACGCCCAAAUACAAAAUAGGACUAUACGAGAUUUUGUAGUACCUGUCUUGGAUGACUUACAAUCAGGAGUUGUUAGGCCAGCAAUCCAAGUUGGAAAUUUUGAACUCAAGCCAGUAAUGUUUCAAAUGCUGAAUUUGAAUGGGCAAUAUGCUGGAUUGCCACAUGAAGAUGCACGGGAAGAUCUUAAAUCAUUUUUAUUGAUUUGUGUUUCCUUUAGUCAACAAGGUGUUCCUGAUGAUGCUUUGAAGAUGCAAUUAUUCCUUGCAGGAAAGAGCUCGUACUUGGUUCCUUGGGCUACUUGCUAG